UGGCAUUAUAGGGGCACAGCUCCACGAUUGCUCCAGCAAUAUUGUAAUACUUAUGAAACAUAAAGAGCUCUGAGUAUUUGUCAUGUUAUGACAAGAUCUCUAUAUUGCAGAUAAUGACAUUGUACGUGAAAUGUUUCCGCACUUGUUAACCCAAGUCAUCUAUGGGUGAUGCAUACACUCAUUUUAGAGUUCCAUAAUGGCCUCCGACAUUGACAACAAAUAUCCAGUUGACCAAAUGCUCACUGACAUUCAUUUGGAAAUUUAUCAGUCAAUUUUCAGUACAUUAGGAUAUAGAACAUUUUCAGACUGUGCACAAUUAAAUCAUGAAAGAUUACAGGAAAUGGGAGUCUCACUUACAGGACAUAGGAAGAGAAUCCUCAAAAAGAUACAAGACGAAUUGGAAAAGGACUGUAGGGAUCUUGAUCAACCUAAAACUGAAAAAGAAAUGACAAGCCAAAGCAUCUUGUCAAUAAGUGAUGAAGACAGGGCAAUUUUUGGUGAAGAAUUCAUUGCUAUAGAUUCAGAAGUCAAUAAUCUUCUAAUGGAAUAUAGUACAGCUACAGCAGUGGAUUAUGGGAUGCAUGAAAAAACUGGUGAUGGAACAUCUAUAGAACACAAUGGCCAUGAAAAAAACCCUGAGCCCUGUGGUGAAAGUUGUGAUAAAACAUUGGAUUAUCAAGGACAGGAGGACACUGAACACUUUUUUGAAUUCCAAGGACCCAUGAUUGAUAAUGAAUUAUACCAAGAAAUGAAUCUUGAUUUUAUGAAGAAAACUAAAGUGACAACAACUCCUACAAGAUCAUUCAUACUAAGAAAUAGACCUGUCCCGGAUUUACCAUUUUCUACAUUUUACAACGUCCAUCCAACUGGAACAGCAGACUCUUAUCCUGGGGGAAAAAAGGAACAAUCUGGUGAAGAAAACAUUCCUCCUAUCUCACCAUAUGAAGAGACAUUCUUUUUCAGACAUUCAGAAAGCACAGAGGAGAUCCCCUGUGAUACCAUUUCAUUUUCUAGUAGCAGUGAUCUAACUGAAGAGACAGGAAGAAAUACCAGCAUGCAAAAUAUUUCUGAGAGGAAUACAGAUUUAUCACUGCAUGGGAGUUCGGAGGAGUCAAUAUAUUCAACAUUGGAGGAAAGCAAUAUUAAGUUGGGAACAACAAUGUCAUCCAAUGAGGACACGCAAAGACAAUUGUUCCAAGAUACUACAUUUCAAAAUGAUACAUUAAAUCAGAAUAGAGUGGAAUCAGCCACUCAGAAUUCAUUAUCAUUCCAAGAAGACUCAAUCACACCCUAUGCAUGCUUCUAUGAACCAUAUGCUGCUUUGAAUAAGGCUGGUUGGUUGGACAAACUGUCUCCGCACAGCAGUUGCAUGUUUCAGAAGAGGUGGGUGAAAGUUGAUGGACAUCACAUUUCGUACUAUUACAGCGACAGGGAUGUAUUCUCAAGAGGGAAGAUUUUAUUGUCUGCCGUGCUGAAAACACAAAAACUUGGUGACAAUAAAUUUGAAGUUGUGACAUCGCAAAAAACAUUGGUAUUUCGAACAGAAAAGGAAGGACACAGAAAUGUAUGGAUAAAAACAUUUCAAAAUGCAUUAGGAAACCAAGCGGAGAAGACUCCUGUACUCAGCAUCGGGGAUAAAAGUGGAUACCUUGAAUUAAAAGGAUUUAAAAACAAAAUUUUUAUUGUUGUAAAUGGAAGAAAAGUAUGGCUUAGCAAAAGCAAACAGGACUUCAUUACUGGGAUCGCCAUUACUGACAUCGCAUUGACAAUUGUUAGUCUAAAAAAUGCAGACCGGAAGAAUUUUGAGAUCAUAACACCUUUUCGAACAUUUUGUUUUACAGCAGAGUCAGAAAGAGAGAAGCAAGAAUGGAUUGAAGCAUUGCAGCAAUCAAUAGCAGAGACGGUUGCUGAUUAUGAAGUAGCUGAAAAGAUUUGGUUCAAUGAAUCGAACAGGAGUUGUGCAGAUUGCCGGGCUCCCAAUCCUGACUGGGCAUCCAUCAACCUCAGCGUUGUCAUCUGCAAGGACUGUGCAGGUCAGCAUAAAACACUGGGAAGCAAGGUUUCAAAGGUGCACAGCUUAAAGCUAGAUUCAACAUUGUGGAGCAAUGAACUUGUGGAGCUUUUCAUUGUUCUGGGAAAUGAAAAAGUUAAUAGCUUCUGGGAAGCAAGUCUUUUGCCUGAAAACAUGCUUUGUGUGACCUCCACUAUUAAUCAGAGAAGAUUAUUUGUCGCACAAAAAUACAAAGAAGGAAGAUUUAAAAAGAUGCUUUCUCCAAGCCCGACUCCUCAGCAACUAAAUGAGGCUUUGUGUGCGGCAGUGACUAAGCCUGAUGUGUUGGAAACCAUGAUGUUAGUAUUCAGUGGAGCUGAUGUCAUGUGCACCACAGGAGAUCCAAUCAAUAGCACUCCAUACCUUCUAGCAAAAAUGGCUGGACAACGCUUACAGAUGGAAUUUCUACAUCAUAACAAGUUUUCAGAUUACAAAUCAUUAGAAGAUCAGUCCAAGAAUGAAAACAUGUCUUAUUGUGGAUUCUUAUAUAAAGCGCCUUCAAGCUCUUCUAAGAUGUCAACCAACCGAAAAUUAAAAGAAGAAAUGAAAAAAUGGUGGUGCACUAUAGAAAAUAGUCUAUUAAGCUUUUAUGAAGAUGAAAACCAAUCAGUUCCAGAGGAAUUCAUUGACCUAAGUGAAGCUAUAUGUCUAGAUGUCCAUUCAACUGAGUUUACUCUCAAUGCAAGGGCCGUAUUUACCUUUGAGAUCUACUUAUUGUCAGAACGUAUGUUUCUUUUCAAAGCUGAAAAUGCAGAAUCUCACAGAGAAUGGGCCAGGGCGAUAUCUAAGAAUUUUGUUCCCACUGUAGAUGAACAUCUAACAGAUUUAGAAUUUGAUUUAAUCGGAUACUUAUAUUACAAAGACACAUAUAGCCUUAUGGAAUGGAAGGAAAGCUGGUUUGCCUUGGAGAAUGCAUGCCUACACUAUAGUCAUGGGCAAGAAAAUGCUCAAAGAGACAUCAUUUAUCUGAAGAAACUGCAGGAACUGACACGAAGUUCAACCAUGAUAAAUGGAGAAAAGAGAAAUGUUGUAAUACUGGUUGAAAAUGGAAGGACAUUAUAUAUCCACGGACAUACAAUGCUGGAUUUCAUGGUCUGGCAUCACGCAAUUGAAAAAGCAGCAGGUACAGAUGGCAAUGCACUACAGGAUCAGCAGCUCUGCAAAAACAACAUUCCUAUUAUUGUGAACAGCUGUAUGGCAUUUGUUACACAGUAUGGUUUAGGGAGCAAAUCCCUGUAUCUGAAAAACGGGAACCCACUUAAAGUAAAAGAGUUGUUAGAAGAUUUUAAAAAGGAUGCACGGAGCAUUAAACUAAAAGUCGGAAGACAUCAACUGGAAGAUGUGACUGAUGUCCUGAAAUGUUUCUUAUAUGAAAUAGAUGAUGCACUUCUGACAAAAGAACUUUAUCCAUAUUGGAUCUCUGCCCUAGAUAUUCCAAGUGAUCAUGAUCGGGUGAUAAUGUAUAAAACUUUAAUAGAUACACUUCCAGCACUGAACAAGACAACUCUGGCAGCUUUAAUUGAACACCUUUACAGAAUACAAAAAUGCUCAGAUGUCAAUCAUCUUGAUUCACACUAUUUAGCUAAAGCAUUCGCCCCUUGCCUCUUUCAAACCAAUGGAAUACAUAAUGCAGAGGUCCGUGUUGUAGAGGAGAUGAUCCAGUUAUUUGCUGCAAUUUUUAAUGUAAGCCAGGAACAACUUCAACAAAUCGAUAUUGAAAACCGUUUUAUUACCAAAUGGAAUGACAUCCAGAUUCAGAUUCCACAGUCGGGAGACUUGCUGCUUGAAGUAUUUUUAGAAAGAAAGGAUCUUGACAUGUGUGUUAUUAUAAGGGUAUCACCAAAUAUGGGAGCUGCAGAACUUACAACUUGUGUAGCUGGCAUUCGAAAUAUCAGCCUGUCAAAGGAAUUGUUUUGGACCACGUUUGAAGUGAUCGCAAAUGGAGAACUUGAACGUCCUAUGCACUACAAAGAAAAUGUUUUAGCAACAGUUCUGGAAUGGAGUAUGCUUCCUGAUCCUGGAGCUGCCUACUUGCUUGUAAAACCAUUUUACACAAGUCAUAACCUAUGCAAUGUUGACAGGACUAUCUCGCGACACAUUCAAUCAGGUAAUCUGAAAUACAAAGAGGACUCAUCAAAACUGCUUUCAGGAAAUAAAUUUCAAGAAAAAUACAUUGUAUUGAGGGAGAGGAAGCUUCUUAUCUACAAAGACAUAAAGAGCAUCAAGCCAGAUAAAGAGCUACCUGUGGUGCCUUGCAAGGUUUACAUAGGAAUAAGGAAGAAACUGAAACCACCAACAAGGUUUGGCUUGACGAUUUGUCUGGAAAAACAUCAAUGGUAUCUGUGCUGUGACUCUGCAGAAACCCAGAUGGAAUGGCUGAUCAGUAUUCUUAAUGUGCAGUAUGCUGGUGAUUUGUUUCCAAGAAGAAGAAAUGACCACAUUGUAACAAUGAAAAAUCUGCAGAUGUAUGAGAAAACAGUAAAGAGCGCCACUGGAAGAAUGCACAUGCCAACACUUGGUGAAAAAAUUACAACAAUGAAACAUGAAGAACUCAGCAGCACAAUACAGCAGAGGCUGUCUAUGUUGGUGGAUGCUUUGGACUAUAAAGAAGAAGAAAGGCUUACUAACCAGAAGAAGCACUACAGUUUGUUUGACCUUGACAGUCCAAAGAAUUAUGGUGAAGAUACUAGAGAAACACAAACAAUGAAUGUUAAAGGACUACACAAUCCAACUGAUGCGCCGAACAAAGACUUGUCAUCCUAUACACAACUGCCCAAGAAUGUAAUCAAGGAGCUAAACCUGGUUCUUCAGAAAAGCAAAAACCACAGGACUGAAAGAGAAUAAUACAAAUGUUUCUUGGCGUAAUGUAAUGGGCUACAAAUGAUACUUGUAGGGACAAAGGGAUUUCCUAAUAAUUAAUUUUAAUCUGCACGUAUAUAAAUUACUAUGCAAGCUAUGUUGGCUAUUUAUUCCAGAUAUUUUAUAAUGUUGGCUAAAUAUUUCAUAUAUUAACAAAAUGUUC